AUGGCUGUCAGCCUCAGGUGCUCAGGUCUCAGUGUCCCGCCGCUGCUCUACCUGCACCACCCGUUCCGCUCCCUCCGGUGGUUACAAGGAAGCCUUUCCCCACUGGGUCAGGGCGACCCCAUCCUCAGACACCAGUUCACACCACCGAGUGGCAGCCCUUCCUGCAGACCCCUCCACAUUGCCAGCCCCCUGCGCCCACAGCCCCCUGCACCCACAGCCCCCUGCACCCACAGCCCCCUGCGCCUACAGCCCCAUGCGCCCACAGUCCCCUGCGCCCACAGCCCCCCUGUGCCCACAGCCCCCUGCGCCCACAGCCCCCUGCGCCCACAGCCCCCUGCGCCCACAAGCCGUCGCGCGGUAGCGAGUGUCACUGCCCCAGACAUGACGAGGCGCGCGCCGGGCCUGGCCGCCCUGCCCCUGCCAGGCUUCACUCUGGACCUGGAAACCGACUGCCCUGCCGUCCCUCGUGGCCACCCUGGAGUGCAGACUCCAGCCCUGCCCAGCGCCGCCCUGCGAGUGCGGGAUAGCUACCUGGGGAGCUGCUGGAGGAGCCUCCUGAGCUGCUCAUCCCUGCCUCAGUCAUCCCUGCCUCAGUCAUCCCUGCCUCAGUCAUCCCUGCCCCAGUCAUCCCUGUCUCAGUCAUCCCUGCCCCAGUCAUCCCUGUCUCAGUCAUCCCCUCAGUCAUCCCCUCAGUCAUCCCUGCCUCAGUCAUCCCUGCCUCAGUCAUCCCUGCCCCAGUCAUCCCUGCCUCAGUCACCCCUGUCUCAGUCAUCAGUGCCUCAGUCAUCCCCCCAGUCAUCCCUGCCUCAGUCAUCCCCGCCUCAGUCAUCCCCGCCCCAGUCAUCCCUGCCCCAGUCAUCCCUGCUUCAGUCAUUCCCUCAGUCAUCCCUGCCUCAGUCAUCCCUGCCUCAGUCAUCCCCUCAAUCAUCCCUGCCUCAGUCAUCCCUGCCUCAGUCAUUCCCUCAGUUAUCCCUGCCUCAGUCAUCCCUGCCUCAGUCAUCCCAGCUUCAGUCAUCCCCGCCUCAGUCAUCCCCGCCUCAGUCAUCCCCACCUCAGUCAUCCCUUCAGUCAUCCCUGCCCCAGUCAUCCCUGCCUCAGUCAUCCCUGUCUCAGUCAUCCCUGCCCCAGUCAUCCCUGCCUCAGUCAUCCCUGUCUCAGUCAUCCCUGCCCCAGUCAUCCCCGCCUCAGUCAUCCCUGCCCCAGUCAUCCCUGCCUCAGUCAUCCCUGUCUCAGUCAUCCCUGCCCCAGUCAUCCCUGCCUCAGUCAUCCCCUCAGUCAUCCCCGCCUCAGUCAUCCCUUCAGUCAUCCCUGCUUCAGUCAUCCCUGCCUCAGUCAUCCCUGCCCGAGUCAUCCCCUCAGUCAUCCCUGCCUCAGUCAUCCCUGCCCCAGUCAUCCCCGCCUCAUCAUCCCUGCCUCAUCAUCCCUGCCUCAGUCAUCCCUGUCUCAGUCAUCCCUGCCUCAGUCAUCCCUGCCCCAGUCAUCCCUACCCCAGUCAUCCCUGUCUCAGUCAUCCCUGCCCCAGUCAUCCCUGUCUCAGUCAUCCCUGCCCCAGUCAUCCCUGUCUCAGUCAUCCCUGCCCCAGUCAUCCCUGCCCCAGUCAUCCCUGUCUCAGUCAUCCCUGUCUCAGUCAUCCCCUCAGUCAUCCCUGUCUCAGUCAUCCCUGCCCCAGUCAUCCCUGUCUCAGUCAUCCCUGCCUCAGUCAUCCCUGCCUCAGUCAUCCCUGCCCUAGUGAUCCCCGCCUCAGUCAUCCCUGUCUCAGUCAUCCCUGCCCGAGUCAUCCCCUCAGUCAUCCCUGCCUCAGUCAUCCCUGCCCCAGUCAUCCCCGCCUCAGUCAUCCCCGCCUCAGUCAUCCCUGCCUCAGUCAUCCCUGCCUCAGUCAUCCCCUCAGUCAUCCCUGCCUCAGUCAUCCCUGCCCCAGUCAUCCCCGCCUCAGUCAUCCCUGUCUCAAUCAUCCCUGCCCCAGUCAUCCCCUCAGUCAUCCCUGCCUCAGUCAUCCCUGCCCCAGUCAUCCCUGCUUCAGUCAUCCCCUCAGUCAUCCCUGCCCCAGUCAUCCCUGCCUCAUCAUCCCUGCCUCAGUCAUCCCCUCAGUCAUCCCUGCCUCAGUCAUCCCUGCCUCAGUCAUCCCUGCCUCAGUCAUCCCCUCAGUCAUCCCCUCAGUCAUCCCUGCCUCAGUCAUCCCUGCCCCAGUCAUCCCUGCUCUAG